GCGUGCCCACAAAAGCACCAUCCGCCGCUACUCCCGUCUCGUCUCUUCUUCUCCAACCAGGCGAAAAGCCGCAUCGCGAACGGCGCCAGACCAAACCCCCGAAUCCGAGCCAAGGAGCAAGACCAAACCCCCAAACCCCAUCCGCGGCGGCGGCGAUGGAGUCGGUGGAGGCGCUCGUGGCGCACAUCCAGGCCCUCUCCGGGAGCGCGGACGAGCUGGCGCAGCUCCACGGCCUCCUUAAGCAGGCCGACGGCGACGCCCUGCGCGUCCACUCCGCCGGCCUCCUGCCCUUCCUCUCCCACCUCCACCCCGGCGCCCACUCCCUCGGCUACCUCUACCUCCUGGAUUCUUUCCUGUCGUCGUCCGCUAAUCUGAGGGCGCACGCCGGCGGGGACCUUCUUGUGACCGUGGCCGAUUUCCUCACCUCCUGCUCGGUCGACCAGAUACGCCUGGCCCCCGACAAAUUUCUGAAUGUGUGUAGGGUGCUCAAGAACGAGGUCAUGCAGCUCAAUGCGCCGAUCAGGGGGAUUGCUCCACUGCGGGCGGCCGUCCGCAAGAUCCAGUCAUCGUCAGAGCAGCUUACCCCACUCCACGCUGAAUACCUGAUGCUGUGCCUGCUGGCCAAGCAGUACAAGGCUGGCCUGAACGUCCUGGAAGACGAUAUAUUCGAAGUUGAUCAGCCCAAGGACUUGUUCCUCUACUGCUACUACGGGGGGAUGAUAUAUAUUGGGCUGAAGAAAUUCCAUAAAGCAUUGGAGCUUCUUCAUAAUGCUGUUACUGCCCCAAUGUCAUCAUUGAAUGCAAUUACUGUCGAGGCUUACAAGAAGUAUGUUCUAGUUUCGCUCAUUCAGAGUGGACAGGUUCCGCCAUUCCCCAAGUACACGUCUUCGACUGCUCAAAGGAAUCUGAAAAAUCACGCUCAGAUUUACGUCGAUGUGUCUACGUGCUAUGGCACUGGUAGCUACUCUGAUUUGGAGACAUUCAUCCAGUCAAAUGCAGAGGCCUUCCAAACUGAUAACAACCUUGGACUCGUGAAGCAAGUGCUCUCUUCAAUGUACAAGCGAAACAUCCAGAGGCUGACCCAGACCUAUUUAACUCUUUCGCUUGAAGACAUUGCUAGCUCUGUUCAACUUAACACCCCGAAAGAAGCUGAGAUGCAUGUACUUAGGAUGAUUGAAGAUGGUGAGAUCUAUGCAACGAUAAACCAGAAGGAUGGCAUGGUCAGCUUUAAUGAAGAUCCUGAGCAAUAUAAAAGUAGUGAAAUGGUGGAGCACAUCGACUCUUCUAUUCAGAGGUUGAUGGCUUUGUCCAAGAAGCUGACCUCAAUUGAUCAGAACAUCUCGUGCGAUCAUGCAUUUUUGAUGAAGGUGCAGAGUGGAAGGGAACGUGCAAGAUUCGACUACGAUGACUUCGACUCGGUUCCGCACAAAUAUUUUUGAGAUGAUCAGCGCCUUGGGUAACUCGGAAGUACUACCAUCAAGCUAGCCUUGUCCUGAGGUUAUUAUCGGUUCGACCCGUAUAUUACAGCCAUCGAAGUUUGAACCCUGUAAUUUCUGGAAUUAAAAGGAUGGGAACUUCUGCCUAGAGAUAAUGAUGAUACUACUCUUA